AUGAACAGCCUCCGGUGCACCACGAUAGCUUAUACUGCUAGCUGCUGGUGGAGGAGCAGACAAGCCAUCAAAACGGGGGCAACGAUGUAUUCGGAGCUUAUCUUCCACCACGCACGUGAUUUUUCUAAAUGUCCAUGGAAACAGCUGACUAAAGUUUGACAGCUAUCCCACCAGAUUUCCUUUUGGAAGAAUUAGCGAGAGGAAGUGUUGCUGGAAAUUCGCUUGGAUUAUUAUUCCUUUUUCUGUGUUAAAAGAUCCACACAUCAUUUGCUGAUGACCACAUCUGAAGCCAGUCCUGAGUUGUGAGUCAGAAGAGGAGAGCCUGGGCUGAUGACAAGCAUGACAUUGAGACAAGCCACAGAUGCAUGCCCACUCAAAAGGCCCAACUGAGCGCCAUCCCCUCUGCUUCCCGGCUCAACCAGCCUCUCAGAGGGGGGGUGUCGUCGGGGCGUAGCUAGUCCCCUGCACCCCCAAGUAGAACCUCACUGUGAAACUGGAGGUCUCUGAUGGAUCAGGGUAGUAGUGAGCAGAGUCCAGAGGAGCCGGACACAGGAGGCCGAGCGGAGACAGAGGUUGGCAGGAGGGCGUCGGAGUCAGAGCAUGGCUUGUCCAAAAUCACCCAUAAUGCCCUGGAGAACAUGGGAGCGUUGGGCCAUGGCCUAAAGCAGUUCUUCCAGCCACAGCGCCGACGCUCCUCCGUUUCCCCACAUGACUCCGCCUCAUCCUGCACGGGCGCCCCUCCCUCCGAACCCACAGAUGUAGGGUCAGAAGUAGGGGAUGCUCCUGCCUCCUCGGCUCCCUCUUUGGAUUCUGACAACCCUGCUGCUUCCGCCCCUCCCGCAGCUCUGAGCCGCGUUCUGCAGCAGAUCCGAGGUGCUCCACCAAUGAUGAAGCGAGGCACCAGCUUGCAGAGCCGCCGCAGCAAGGCUGGCACUGGGGAUCCUCCCCAGAAAGGUAGCCCCCAGAUCCACCGGCGCAGCACCCAUGAGGCCCUGCUGCAGGCUGGACGCCCACGCUCCUCCUCGACCACAGACACACCAACCAGCCCCGCUCUAGCAGACAUGCUGCUAACAUCCGGUUACCACUCCACUGAGGAACCUGACAAGCUGGAUCGUUACGAUGGAUCAGGACCUGCAGUGUCACCUAAUGCCAUGUCCUACGGUGCAGACGGGUAUGAUGUAGUCGACAGUACCCCAGACCCCCAGCGAACUAAGCAGGCCAUUGCCCAACUACAACAGAAGAUCCUCAAGCUCACAGAACAAAUCAAAAUUGAACAAACCGCACGUGAUGACAAUGUGGCUGAAUACCUGAAACUGGCUAAUAAUGCAGACAAACAGCAGAGUACACGCAUCAAACAGGUGUUUGAGAAGAAAAAUCAAAAGUCAGCUCAGACUAUCCAGCAACUGCAGAGGAAGCUGGAGCACUACCACCGGAAACUUCGUGAGGUGGAGCACAAUGGCAUCCCUCGCCAGCCCAAAGAUGUUUUCCGAGACAUGCACCAGGGGUUGAAAGAUGUUGGAGCCAAGUGGAGGCUGCAGAAGUCACGUAUGGCCGCACAGAACUCCCAGGUGACAGGUGGCCUCUCCAGCAUCUCUCAAGCUACUCAUUCUGCAGCUGGAGCUGUGGUGUCCAAGCCGAGAGAAAUAGCUUCCCUCAUCCGCAACAAAUUUGGAAGCGCUGAUAACAUUUCAGCCCUGAAAGACUCUUUGGAUGAAACCCAGGGAGAUGAGGGUGUUGGCCCUGGGGGAACGAGGACCCUUGGGACAGGACAGUUGCAGUCCAGCCCAAAGUAUGCCAGUGAUGAUGACUGUUCCAGUGCUACUUCUGGGUCUGCAGGAGCCAACAGCACCACUGGAGCCCCUGGAGGCCCCCCUAGCUCCAGGGGCAAUACUCUUGAACAUGCCCAGGCCUCAGGCUUCGAUGCUAUACUCCAUGAGAUCCAAGAGCUCCGGGAUAACCAAGGUCGACUUGAGGAGUCCUUUGAAAACUUGAAAGCCCACUAUCAGCGGGACUACACAAUGAUCAUUGAGGCCCUUCAGGAGGAACGAUACAGGUGUGAACGUUUAGAAGAACAGCUGAAUGACUUGACGGAGCUGCACCAGAAUGAAAUUCUUAACUUGAAACAGGAACUAGCCAGCAUGGAGGAGAAGAUUGCUUAUCAGUCUUAUGAACGAGCGAGGGAUAUUCAGGAGGCGCUGGAGGCAUGCCAGACACGAAUCUCCAAGAUGGAGCUGCAGCAGCAGCAACAGCAGGUGGUGCAGCUCGAGGGUUUGGAGAAUGCCACAGCACGGACUCUUCUUGGAAAACUUAUCAAUGUGCUGCUAGCUGUCAUGGCAGUCCUUUUGGUGUUUGUGUCCACAGUGGCUAACUGUGUUGUCCCUUUGAUGAAAACACGCAGCCGCACGCUUUCGACGCUGCUCCUCAUAAUCCUCCUCGCCUUCCUCUGGAGGCACUGGGAUGCUAUUUCAGAGUACGUGCAUCGCUUUCUCCUGCACCCCAGAUGACCGGCUUGGAGAGGCUUAUUUAAACAAUGAAGGAGCAGAGGGUUUGAGGCUGAUGUGUAAACUGAGGACACUGACCCGUACAGGGAGUUGAAUCUCAAUAAUCCGACCUUUUCUUCCUGUUGAGCAGCUUCUCAAAACACUCAGGAGGAUUGCAUCAGAGGUUUGUCACCUCAUCACUUUCUGGAAUGUGUUUUGAGAAGAAUAAAACGGAAAAUAAGGGGAGAAAAGUUCGGAUGUUUGGUAUUGACUUGCAAUCUUUGGUGCAAUUGUGGCUCAAGCACACACUGUAAGGGUGAAUGGGGGGUAUAGUUGAAGGAGGGGCCGAGAGAACUGCACACUUGAUUUCUCUCUUCUGAGUGAAUUUGUUUACAUGUGGAAAACUUUGCAUUGUUUCUCCACAGAAGAAAUUGUAAUUCAGAGUUUUAUUACUUUUGAGCUGAUUCAAGUGGUAUUGUUUUGAACUCACUGCUAUUUUUUAAUACAGCUAAAUAAUGGCUUUUUACUUCGUUUAAAUGUAAUGAGCUGACACUUAUCUGCUGAUUCAGUUUUCCACAUUCGUCUCUUUCUUUUUGUAAGUUCUUUCUCUUCUGGUUUUUCAUCAGUCUGCUACAGUAUUUCUGUCCUCUUCACCUACUCUUUUCAACUUUUAGCUUGUGUGACCAACUCUUCCUCUUCCUGCUCACUACUCUCUGAAGAACGGGGUGCUUGCACAUCAGCUACAUUGCUGUAGAAUCAGACUUGUCACUGGAUCAAAUAAUGGUGGGUUCUCGACUUGUUCCUUUUGGAUGUGUGAAGUCAAUAACACUGGUUCUGCCACAACCAGGAUAUUACUAUCAAGAACCUUUCAUUUUGAGCUGCAACCCUGCCCUCUUGGCCAACUGGAUCCCACUAUCCUAGUGGAUUUCCCACUGCAGAAGAAUAAUCCGUGAACUGAAUUAACAUACUUGAAGAGCGGUUAAAGUGCUCAAAGACUCAGUGCUUCCGUACUGUUCAAUUAGUGACAAUGAAAUAGUAAUACUUUUUAGUUGAUUUUUUUUUAUUUUUUAAAGACAAAUAAAUUUGCUGUUUUAAAAGGUGAAAAUGAAAGUCUAA